AUGUUGAGAAGAUUGAAUACUUUAAAGAAGUUCAACAAUAUCAGAGUUCGUAACUUCAACUCAGCUACUGCACCAACCCCAACUUAUCAAACAUCGAUUUUACCAAAUGGAUUAACUGUUGCCAGUGAAUCCAUGCCUGGAACUAGAACAGCAACCGUUGGAGUUUGGAUUAAUGCUGGUUCUAGAGCUGAUAACCCUAAAAGUAGUGGUACUGCCCAUUUCUUGGAACAUUUGGCUUUCAAAGGAACCAAAAGAAGAACACAGCCAAAUUUAGAAUUGGAAAUUGAAAAUAUUGGAAGUCAAAUCAAUGCUUAUACAUCAAGAGAAAAUACUGUCUAUUAUACUAAAUGUCUUGCAACUGAUUUAAAACAAAACGUUGAUAUUUUAAGUGAUUUGUUAACUAAUUCAAAAUUGGAUCAAAGAGCCAUUGAAAAUGAAAGACAUGUUAUCUUACAAGAGAGUGAUGAAGUUGAUAAAAUGUAUGAUGAAGUUGUAUUUGACCAUUUACAUGCUGUUGCAUUCAAAAAACAAGAUUUGGGUAGAACUAUUUUAGGACCAAGAAAAAUGAUCAAAACUAUAAAUCGUGAAGAUUUAGUUAAUUAUAUCACUACAAACUAUAAAGGUGAUAGAAUGGCAUUAGUUGGUGUUGGAUGUGUUAAUCACGAUGAAUUGGUUGAACUAGGAAAUAAAUAUUUUGGAAAUAUUAUUAAAUCAGAUAAACCAUUCAAUCAAAAUGGAGAUGUAAUGCCUGUGUUUUAUGGAGAUGAAAUUAGAAUUCAAGAUGAUUUAAUGCCAACUACUCAUGUUGCCUUGGCUGUUGAAGGUGUCAGUUGGUCCGCUCCUGAUUUUUUUGUUGCAUCAGUAGCAAAUGGUAUUGUUGGUACUUGGGAUAGAUCUAUUGGAACAGGAUCAAGUUCACCAUCCCCAUUAGCUGUUACUGCAGCAACUGGUGGUGAAGGUAAAACUCCAAUUGCAAAUUCAUACAUGGCUUAUACUACAUCUUAUGCAGAUACCGGGUUAUUGGGUGUUUAUUUCACAGCUGACAAAAAUGCUGAUUUGAAAUUACUUGUUUCUGCAAUUCAAAAAGAAUGGGGUAGAUUAAGUAAAGGUGAUAUUAGUGAAGAAGAAGUUGAAAGAUCAAAAUCACAAUUGAAAGCUUCUUUACUUUUAGCUUUAGAUGAUUCAACUGCUAUUGCCGAAGAUAUUGGUAGACAAGUGGUAAACACGGGUUUCCGUUUAUCACCAGAAGAUGUUUUUGAAAGAGUUGAAUCGAUUACCAAAGAGGAUGUUGUCAAUUGGGCAAAUUAUAGAUUAAAAGAUAGACCUAUAGCCUUAGCAGCUGUUGGUAAUGUGAAAACAUUGCCUCUGCACAAGGAAAUCUCAGAAGGAAUGUUCUUUUAA